CAUGGAUGUAUCCUUGAAUCCCUAACUUUCUUGGUUUCGAGGUUAUGCUACUAUCUCCUGAAUUUUAUGCUCCAAAGUCAACACCGAAUAAACAUCAACAUAUUCAGAAUUGACCAUUUCCGUCCUAUCCAUCCCUUCGAGUCGUAGUCUCCUCUAUCUAGCUAUCUGUCAACAUGAAGCUGCAUUACAUUGGAAUCAUCAAGAACGACAGCAAGCCAGGCAUUGAAAUAUGCGCUGAGAAAGAGCUAAGCGCCUACUCGCGCUUCACCCGUGCAAACUAUGGCGAAUUCAUGACCAUGUUCGCGAAGACCGUAGCGGAGCGGACGAGACCGGGACAGAGACAGGAUGUUGAGGAGCAAGACUACACAUUCCACGCAUACGGACGAACGGAAGGCGUCUGCGGGAUCAUGAUCUCCGACCACCAAUACCCAGCCCUAGUAGCGCACCAGCUGCUAUCGAAGGUGAUGGAUGAGUUCCUCGCAGCGCACCCAAAAACAUCGUGGGCGUCAGGGCAAACCGUAACCAUGCCAGAGCUGCAAGACUACCUGGUGAAGUACCAGGACCCGCACCAAGCCGACAGCAUCCUCAAGAUCCAGCGCGAGCUCGACGAGACCAAGAUCACCCUACACAAGACCAUCGAGAGCGUUCUCCAACGCGGCGAGAAGAUCGACGACCUCGUCGCCAAGAGCGACGGCCUGAGCAACCAGAGCAAGAUGUUCUACCAACAAGCAAAAAAGCAGAACACCUGCUGUGUUCUCAUGUAAACGUAACGCCAUUAUUGUAGCUAGCACUGGCAUUGGCACCGGAUGGAUGAAGUGAACGGCAUCAGUGUCUCAUUUUAGCAUAGCAACGAGACACGCAGUUUGGUGAACGGUUAUGUGGAUGGCCAUUUUAUUUCGUCUAUCUAUAUCCGCGGGCGCUAUUCCGCCCGAGCACUUAUAGGGGAAGCGGUGGUGGGCAGAGUCAUUCGUUGGCAAGUCAGGGAAAGAGGCAAGAGGACAUUACCGCCAAGGUGUAGAGAGGCAGAGAGAAUGAAUGAGUUAAAGAUUACGCAGACAUGGCUACAUAGAGAGCAUCCCGACAGUCAAAGCGGGCAGGCAUAAUAUGAAAUGGUCACACAUGAUUACGUC